AUGCAAAAGCCAUCUCAAAGAACUCCUGAGACACACUCAGACUCCUUCACCAUUCAUAUAAACGAGCCAUCUAAUCAUCAUCGUUACCAUAAUUACAACAACAAAACCUUCAUAGGGUUCUCGUCAUCCAUGAAGAUCUUCUCCAAAUUCCGCAAGAUUUUCAUGAAGAUCAUCUUCACCCUUCCAUCCUCCUCUUCCUCUGCCACUAGGCGCCGUCGCAACCCCGCAGACUCCUGCAGUGGCGUUGAGAGGCUAGAGACGCCGAAGAUAUCAUGCAGUAAUUCAUACUACUCCUCUCAUUCUCACUAUAGUGAAGCUAUCUCAGAUUGCAUUGACUUUUUCAAUAAGUCAUCGAUUAAUAAUAAUAAUAAUAAUAUGUCUCACCAUGAACGUGAAGACCAGAUUGUUCAUGAUCAAAACUGUUUUUACGUGUAG